CCGUUGCUCCUCUUUCUUUCACUCUCUACAGCAAUCUAUCUCCUCUCUCUCUUUCUCUUCAGUUUCUCUCUCCACCUUUUUGGGUGUGCGACAGUGAGUGUAGCCAGAGCUGCCCAGCUAAAAAACAGGAGGCGUUUUGAACAAAGCGAACCCAAAACCCAAAUUCAUUAAGAGGAUUGUUUCAAGUACAAAGCUUGAAUGGAGGGCAGAGAGCCAAAAGUAACACAGAAUCUCAAACGGGUAUCUUUCUCUUACCACUUUUGAAGUUGGUUCUCCUUCUCUCUCUAGACUCUCUCUCUCUCUCUCUCUCUCUCUCUCUCUGUGUUUCAGAGCUGAGGGUUUCCUGCAACUCUGACUAGGGUUUUGAAUGGGGGCAUUUAUUAUGCUGAAAUCAAUGUUCUUCUAGACUUUUACCAGCCCUUUCUUUGAACUGUCAUUUUUUAGUCUUCUGCCUUGGGAGUGCUUCCUCUUGUCAAAUAUGGUACUGCAAAUUUGAGUGGUCUUUGGAAAUGGUAGCUGAGAAUUUGGUGUGAUAUUUGGUACAGCUUUUUUUAGGUACAUGGGUUUUGUUUCACUGUUUUGGAAUUCGUCUGCCCAUUAAUGCAAGUGUGUAUCUUUCUCUCAAAGCCCUUUUCUUUGUGUAGUUAUCUUCACAUAGCACAUUAUUUCUUUACUUUUUGGGUUUCCUGGAAACUCCUGAGGUAAUUUUUCUCAGAGAAGCUUGAAGUUUCUUCAAUUGCAAGUUUAAAGUUUACAUCUUUUGAGAUUAUUUGAGUUGAAUUAUACUUUUCCUUACUUCCUCUGUUUUUAAUUUGCUUUUCUCUCUCCUGUUUUAGUCAAGUUGAAAUUAGGGUUCUAGGGUUUUAUUUGGGGUGGUCAAAUUUCGGAGAUUUUGGCUACUUUUGGCGUUCUUUGGAGAAAACAUGGAUAUGGGUGACCAAGACAAAUUUGAAUUAGAGAAUAGGAAUGAUGAUCCUGUGAAUUUUUCACCUGGGAUUAAACCAGACUGGAGAUUUGGUGGCUCCAAUCUCACAAAUACAUCCAUGGGGAUAGUUCCCACUGGAAAUUCUAUGGCAGUUAGUAAAGGGGAUCUAGUUGGUUCUUCUUCUCGGCCCUCAGCUUCAAGGGCGGAAUCGUUUAACCCGACACUUUGGGAUCACCCAACCAGUUCACAGGACCUGGGGUUUUGUGACAUGAAUGUUCAGACCAGUGCAAGCACUUCAGACUCAAUAGGAAUUAGGAAAGGCAUUCCUGCCUCUUUGAGAAGUGGUAUUGAUAGAGCACUUGAUAUGUGCUGGAAUCCGCCGAAUUCGAUGUUGAAAGGGGGAAUGUUCUUGCCAAAUGGGCCUGGAGUGCUCCCACAGAGCUUGUCUCAGUUUCCGGCCGAUUCUGCAUUCAUUGAGCGUGCUGCGAGGUUCUCGUGCUUCAAUGGCGGGAGUUUUAGUGAUAUGGUCAACCCUUUUGGUUUCCCUGAAUCCAUGAGUAUGUAUUCUAAGGGUGGGGGAUUGAUGCCGUGGACACAAGAACUUGUAGCCGGUAAUGGGUCGAAAGGAGUUCCCGGCGUUCAUUCUCAAAGGAAUGAGCUAAAUGGAGAUGUUUCUUUGCCUAUGGAGCAAGGGACUACUGAAGGGAGCCCACUGAAGAAUGAGAAGAAAAGUGAGAGCCUUGCGAAAUCUCAUGAUGAAGCAAAACACGCUAUUGGCGGGUCUGGUAACGAGUCCGAUGAAGCUGAUUCCAGCGGUGGUGGCGGUGGUGGUCAAGAAGAACCAUCUAUGCUGGGUGGUGCAAAACCAUCUGCUAAGGGCUUUAAGAAAAGGAAAAGGAGUAGGCAGGCUAAUGAGCUUGAUCAAGCCAAUGCACAACAACCCGGUGAAUCGGCAAUGGAUAUUACUGAAUUUCAAGAUAAGGGAGAGCAACAACCAGCUUCAACUCCCAACAAGACCACUGGAAAACAGGGGAAACAAGGGUCUCAAGCGUCUGAUCCGCCGAAAGAAGAAUAUAUUCAUGUUAGAGCACGAAGAGGCCAGGCAACAAAUAGUCACAGUCUUGCAGAAAGAGUCCGAAGGGAGAAAAUCAGUGAGAGGAUGAAGUUUCUUCAAGAUCUUGUGCCUGGAUGCAGCAAGGUUGUAACUGGGAAGGCAGUGAUGCUGGACGAAAUCAUUAACUACGUACAAUCAUUGCAACGGCAGGUUGAGUUUUUGUCAAUGAAGCUUGCGACAGUGAAUCCGCGGCUUGAUUUUAACAUUGAAGGCCUCCUUGCAAAUGAUAUCCUUCAGUCACGGGUCGGACCUUCAUCUACGUUGGGGUUUUCUCCGGAUAUGCCUAUGAUUUAUCGUCAACUACAUCCAUCUCAACCGGGACUUAUCCAAGCUGGCCUUCCUGGGAUGGGGAGCUCUUCUGAUCUACUUCGGAGAGCCAUGGGUUCCCAAAUAACACAAAUGACCGGAGGAUUCAAGGAGCUUUCUCAGCUACCAAAUGUGUGGGAGGAUGAGCUCCACAACGUUGUCCAGAUGAGCUAUGGAGGCAGUACUCCUCCCAGUAGCCAAGAUGUGGAUGGAUCAACGCCACCGGGCCAGAUGAAAGUUGAACUUUGAUUAUACGAUUCUUAUUCAUGCCACGACACUGUUCCGCCCCCAUACAUGCACAAUACUACCUUGAUGAAAUAACAACGAUCAUGAUACUCCCUUUCCCGGUCACCUAGGACGAUGAAGAUACCAUCGCAAUAUUUUGCGGAAGCUCAACCCGUCAAAUUUGAAGCUUCCGUCUUUAGGCGAUUUGCAGAAACAUAAUGCGAAGCAGAUGUUAUGUUGAUAUUGUAAGAAGCACUAUAUGAUGACAUGUAUAGAGGCAGAGAAGGUGAAGUUGUUUGUGUUGGAGGGAGUGGAUCAGGGAAUGUACAGAAAUAGAGAUGGGCGGUAACAAGGAAUUUGCAAUGGGAAAUGCUGGUCAUGUUUUUGUUAUUUUUAGAUUAACAAAUUGUUUUGUUAUUAUAUAUCUUUCAAUUUCAAAUGUAGUAUUAUAAUUGAUUUC